AUGGCGCUGAACUCGCCGAAGUCAAGUGGAGCCGACAAGGAGGUGAUGCAGCGUGCGUGGAAUCAGGCCGCAGGCAAUCUGGUAUGGCCGAUGUUAACACGCACUAAUUACCAAUCGUGGUCAGCCCACGUUCAAUGCAAUCUCGAAGGAAUCUAUCUCUGGGAUGCAAUAGAGUCUGAUAAGGUGGAGCGGAGGCAUGAUCGGCUCGCCGUGGGUGCCAUGCUGAGGGGUGUUCCGGAGGACAUGCACGCCAUGUUGCUGAACAAAAAGUCAGCAAAGGAGGCGUGGGAGUCGCUGAAGACGAUGCAUCUCGGAGCAGAUCGGGUCAAGGAGGUGACUGCGCAGAAGUUGUUGAGCGAUUUCGAAGCGAUAUCCUUCAAGACCAGCGAGACGAUUGAAGAAUUCGCCAUGAGGAUCACCAAACUCGCGUCGGAUCUGCGCGGUCUUGGCGAGACAAGCGUUGAUGAUGCGCGAGUGGUGAAGAAGUUCUUGAGGGUCGUGCCGCCACGCUACAAUCAGGUGGCGGUGGCGAUCGAGAUGUUCUGCGACGUGAAGACCCUGUCCAUCGAGGAACUUGUUGGCCGUCUCAGGGCGGCGGAGGCUUGGUUCGAGCCCACGGUCGAACAAGUGACGGACAAGGCGGGCCGUCUUCUGCUCACGGAGGAAGAAUGGAUGGCCAGGAACAAGAGUCGCAUGGUGAAUGCAGAGUCAUCCUCUGGUGGCGGAAAAGGCGGCGGAAAAUACAUUAAGAAAGAUCAAUCUGGAGGUCGUGGUGUCUCGUCUGGUGGCGGCAGCAUGGCCAUGACACGCGCGAGUCCGGAGGUGGUCUCACGUCGAAGGGCAGGUGCCGGAAGUGUGGUGUCUACGGGCACUGGGGCAAGGAAUGCCUGA